AUGCCAAGCGAAGACUCAGGGCCGUCACGCUCGCACACUUAUCGUGGACGGAGCCGAAGUCCUGGUCACGGAAGGAGCAGCGGACCGGGAGAUAGACGAAGCCCAAAUCGCGGCGAACGUGACAGACACCGCGAAGGCGUCCGAAGGAGCCGUAGCCGCGAUCGAAGACCGAGCCAAAGGCAUGAGGACAGGGAUCGCAGAAGAGGCUCCCGAGAUCGAGAAACUGUCUGCAGUGAUAAACGAGAACGUGAUCGAUACGCUGGAAGGCACGACUCGCCCUCCCGAUCCUCAACUCGAGGCCGGCGUCAUUCCAUAAGCUCAUCCUCAUCCUCAUCUUCGUCGUCUGUUUCUUCAGAAAAAGAACGCUCCAAAGAACGCAAACAUUCAAAAAAAGCAAAAAGCAAAAGGGAGUCAUCGACAUCGAGCGAUGACCGUCAUGAGUCGCAUAAACAUUCCAGCAAGUCUAAAAGCAAACGACCUCAUAAGAGCCGGCACCGAAGUCCAGGUGACGAUAGCUCGGAUGAACAUGCUCGUAAGAAACAGGCCCGGGCCGAAAAGAAAGAACGAAAGCGAAGAAAACGAGAAAAAAAAGAAAAAGAGAAGCAGAAAAGGCAAAAGAAGGAACAAUCCUCAAAACACAAAUCCGCCAUCAGUGAAUAUGGUAAGUACGGAAUCAUCACUGAAGCUGAUAUGUUUACCAAGGAUCAAGAGUUCAGAGCCUGGAUGGUAGAAGAAAAGAUGCUGAAUCCCGAAACGGUUUCUCAGAUCAAAAUGAAAGAGCUUUUUAAGGUAUAUAUGGAGGACUUUAAUACAGCUACAUUACCGCAUGAAAAGUUUUAUGCACUAGAAAAAUAUGAAGCGAGGAUGAAUGCGAUUCGUUCUGGCAACAUGACUACCCAGAGUGACACCUAUGAUCCUCGCGCCGACGAAGCCGCUCUGGCUGCACAGCACAAGCGUGUGGCCAAGACUGACGGAGAAGUGUAUAUUGGUAGAGCACAGCUUGAGCAGCUCAGGCGAAUUGAAAGGGAGAGAGUCGAAGCAUCUCGAAUGAAGAGAAUGGGAAUGGAGGUUAAGGAGAGUAUGGGUGUGCGCUAUGAAGCUGAUUAG